AUGCCGACUGUCGAGUGGAGCCGGGCCAACAAAACCGACCCCAGCCCGUACGACCAGAUUUUUGUCCUGAGCGAGGACCUCAUCAACCAGGCGUUUCGGGAUGGGUUCAAGAAGGAGAUAUUCCAACGCUAUGACAAAGAAGCAGUUCAAACAGGCCUAGUAUCAGGCCAGUGGAUCGAGCAAGGCACGGAAGUUGGGGCGCCCCAAAUCUCUAUCAACGUUGAAGAGUACAAUCCUGUAUAUCCUGUCUUCUUUACCUUGAACUUCAACAGUGGAAACAUCUAUCUGCGCACCACGCCUCCAGGAACUGUACAUCCUCCUCCCCAAAAAUUUUCUCUCUAUAGGUGGAAGCUGGUGUUCAAGACCAAAAUUGCUAGCAAGCUGCUCGGCAAGGAUGACCCCAAGUACAACGCUUACAAAACUCCUGCUGGCAUUGCUUCGCCCGGCUUUCGCGACACCGUAUUCGGGUCAAAAACAACAGAUGUUGGUGGUGGAGGUGGUCUCGAUAUCUCACGUAGUAGAGGAUGGAAGGACAACAAGGAGGUCAAACUUGAGGAAAUACUCACCACUGACACACUUAACAAUCUCAAACUAUUCGCCAACGAGUGGCUUAAUACCGCUGACGAGAGAGAGCUGAAUGUGAUUGGACAUUCAUUGACCAAGGAUGAUUCAACUCCGCAACAACGCAGCAUGACCGGUACCUUUAUCCCGUGGAUAAUCAAUUACUCGCCCUAUCCGUGGCUUGACCCCAAUAACAACACCGUCGCGACGAAUGGCUUGGGACAGAACGCGUUGGCUAUCCUAACCUACACACAGAGCAGUCGCCACAGCAACUAUGUGGCUGCACCUUUGGCGUACAGCGGUGUCUUUACUCAGGGCGGCGCAGCAUUCUGUAUGAGUCGUGACCUAUUCUGGAAUGACUUCCUUCUCCCCAUUCUGAGAGAGAUGAACCAGAGAACGGAAGUCAUCCCACAGAACGCACCUAAUCUUCAGGGUACCAUCAGAUAUAUCCUCGGCAGGAACUCUAAACAUCUGAAGGCGUCGGACCGGUACUUUGACUGGAAGCCACAAAUGCAAAAUGGACAAUUGCACUGGAUCUGGAAAGGGGACUCCCAGAAGAUCGUGACCGCAUUUCGCGGCCAAAAUGGAUCCCUAGCAUAUCGUUACGGUCAGGAAGCCCGGUCCUCGACAGAGCUGUCAUUUGCCGCUGGUGGUCGACAGAUCAAUAUCAAGGGGACGAUUAUUUACGAUGUACACCUCGUCACUGUUGGAAAUCCAUGGACGGCGGGCGACCACAGCGAGAUCGAAUGGAAUAUUCCUCUUCGCAUCGAUGCUGUCCGUGGUGGAGGCCUUCAAAUUGUUCCUGCGAGCAAGCCUACUGUUCGCGCGAUUGCAAACAAAUUCCGGACCUACGGCUGGAAAAUGGAUCCCAAGAAGGUGGCACAAUUCCAUCAGGGCGUGAUCACGAAAUACCUUACGUCCGGGUUGGGUAGCAUCACCAACCGACUUGCCCAGGAUAUGAGAAACCUACACAUGCUGUUCCUCCCUGGCCGUGGAGUGUUCCGCUUUGGCGUACCGGUCUUGAAUAAGCGCGGCGACCUUCUGGCGCCUUUGGAUUUCAUCGGUCUCGUAGAUUUGACUAAGGUCAACAAGUUGGUCAUCGACCCUGCGAACACAACAGAAGAAGACCUGGGCGCUCAGUUUGAGACCAUCCCCAAUCUACCUUCAUCUGAGCAGUAUCCAGAGGAUGUGCCUGUAUUCGACCACCACGUCGAGUCUAGUGGCGAGCCCGAAGAAGUGUCGCACCCCUUUGUUGAUCUGGAUGAUAUUGACCACAACCAGCACUUUGAUGCCAGCGAGCCUUCCUUCCCUGGGCCCGGACCUGGUCCGCUUGCCCAUUUUGAUCGGGAUGCCAUUCACGAGGAACCUCCCCAUAAGCCAAUUGAGCAGCCUCCAGCCCAACCUCCAACUCAACCUCCAACUCAACCUCCAACUCAACCUCCAACUCAGCCCCCAACCCAUAAUCUCCCAAUUUUUGGACCAUUGGAUGGUUAG